AUGUCCCGCCUGCUGCAUGCAGAAGAGUGGGCUGAAGUGAAGGAGUUGGGAGACCACCAUCGCCAGCCCCAGCCGCAUCAUCUCCCGCAACCGCCGCCGCCGCCGCCGCCGCAGCCACCUGCAACUUUGCAGGCGAGAGAGCAUCCCGUCUACCCGCCUGAGCUGUCCCUCCUGGACAGCACCGACCCACGCGCCUGGCUGGCUCCCACUUUGCAGGGCAUCUGCACGGCACGCGCCGCCCAGUAUUUGCUACAUUCCCCGGAGCUGAGUGCCUCAGAGGCCGCUGCGCCCCGGGACGAGGUGGACGGCCGGGGGGAGCUGGUAAGGAGGAGCAGCGGCGGUGCCAGCAGCAGCAAGAGCCCCGGGCCGGUGAAAGUGCGGGAACAGCUGUGCAAGCUGAAAGGCGGGGUGGUGGUAGACGAGCUGGGCUGCAGCCGCCAACGGGCCCCUUCCAGCAAACAGGUGAAUGGGGUGCAGAAGCAGAGACGGCUAGCAGCCAACGCCAGGGAGCGGCGCAGGAUGCAUGGGCUGAACCACGCCUUCGACCAGCUGCGCAAUGUUAUCCCGUCGUUCAACAACGACAAGAAGCUGUCCAAAUAUGAGACCCUGCAGAUGGCCCAAAUCUACAUCAACGCCUUGUCCGAGCUGCUACAAACGCCCAGCGGAGGGGAACAGCCACCGCCGCCUCCAGCCUCCUGCAAAAGCGACCACCACCACCUUCGCACCGCGGCCUCCUAUGAAGGGGGCGCGGGCAACGCGACCGCAGCUGGGGCUCAGCAGGCUUCCGGAGGGAGCCAGCGGCCGACCCCGCCCGGGAGUUGCCGGACUCGCUUCUCAGCCCCAGCUUCUGCGGGAGGGUACUCGGUGCAGCUGGACGCUCUGCACUUCUCGACUUUCGAGGACAGCGCCCUGACAGCGAUGAUGGCGCAAAAGAAUUUGUCUCCUUCUCUCCCCGGGAGCAUCUUGCAGCCAGUGCAGGAGGAAAACAGCAAAACUUCGCCUCGGUCCCACAGAAGCGACGGGGAAUUUUCCCCCCAUUCCCAUUACAGUGACUCGGAUGAGGCAAGUUAG